AUGAUUAUGAGAGCAACAGAAGAUGUAAAUUAUUCAGCGCAUACAUCUCGAUCAUCUUAUCGCUCCGAAUCGAUUACUUCAAGAAGCAGUGAUCGUGGUCGAAGUUCAUCAUCCGAAAUUGUCUCUGCUACGGAAACUCGAUCAUUACCAGUGUAUAUAGCAACACAGGAUUAUAACCCAGAACCUGAUGAUAUCGAAUCAAUAUCGUUGGAACAAGGACAAAUUGUUGAAGUGUUAGACAAAAAGAAUGCUGCUUCUUGGCUUAUCAGAACAAAGGCACGUCCACCAAAAUCAGGUUGGGUACCAGGAUCAUAUUUCGAAUCACCAACAGAAUACUAUAAACAACGAAAAAAGACGCGAGAAUUAGUGAACAGAGAUUUAAAUUUGACGGAUGAACAGGAAGCAAUUAUGAAAAGAGAUCAAGUUUACCAUGAUUUGCUACGUUCCGAGGAAGAAUUUGUUAAUGAGCUACGAACAGUUGUUGAUACGUAUGUAAAAGCAUUGGAUGAUGCAAAUAUUCCGGAAGAAGUGAAAGCGAAAAAGGAUGAAUUGAUAAUGAAUUUGAAGCAAUUACAUAAUUUUCAUGCCAAUAUAAUGCUAAAAGGCCUGCAGUACUAUUCGGAUGAUCCAAAUAAAGUGGGCCAAACAUUUACACGAUUAUCACGAGAUUUCGAUUUACACAUUCAAUUUCAUCACAAUUUACCGCAUGUACAAAAAUUACUGGAACAAAAGACAAUUAGCGACUUUCUCGAG